UCACCUUCUUCUCACAACGCAUCACUCUCUCUCUCUCUGAAAUCGAAUCAGAAAUCUAGGGUUUCGAAUUCUCUCUCUCCCUGUCAUGGCUUCCUCACCACCCAAGAAGGUUACUCUGAAGAGUUCCGAUGGCGAGGCUUUCGAGGUUGACGAGGUGGUGGCGUUGGAGUCUCAGACCAUCAAGCACAUGGUGGAGGACGAUUGUGCCGACUCCGGAAUCCCUCUUCCGAAUGUCACCAGCAAGAUCCUCGCUAGGGUGAUCGAGUACUGCAAGAAGCAUGUUGAGGCUUCCAGUUCCGGCGAGAAGCCUACCGAGGAGGAGCUUAAGCAAUGGGACGCUGAAUUCGUCAAGGUUGAUCAGGCUACCCUCUUCGAUCUCAUCCUGGCUGCAAACUACUUGAACAUCAAGAGUCUCUUGGACCUUACUUGCCAGACUGUGGCAGACAUGAUCAAGGGGAAGACUCCUGAGGAAAUUCGCAAGACCUUUAACAUCAAGAAUGAUUUCACCCCUGAGGAGGAGGAAGAAGUUCGCCGGGAAAACCAAUGGGCUUUUGAAUGAUUUAAGCCUUAUUUGCCCUGUGUUUUCAUGCUAUAGCAGUUCCUACUUCCUAGUUUAUGUUUUUAUGUUGGACCAUCUUCUCGUACCAGACUUAUUUAAUCUUCAAAAUGUAAUUAAUAGUUGAUUGUGGUGGUGGUAAUGGUUUGAUUCUGGAAUGACGUUUAUUGAUAGUUUAUCAUCGACCUUCUAUUGAUCAUAUAAGAUACUUUUUGGUUCGCGACCCUA